CCCCUUCUGCAGCGAGCGACCAAUUCUUCCCCUCGAGCCAACCCAGACCGGAGAGUGUAUGCACACACACCACUCCAACCUCCCCUCCCUCCCCUAGCAGCGAACACUCCCCUUGUCUAACAGCCUCCCCGAACCCUCUGUUUCCACUCUGUCUUGCAAAGGGAGCGACUCAGAUGCACAGAAACCGCUUGACAUAUCACUCCGUCUCUAACUUAAAAAGCGAUUUGGAUCUCCCAGCUGCCGCGUGUCUCUCGCUCCCUUCCUCGCUGUUUCACACUGCAGUUACUAUUUGCCACAUCCAACUCCUGACAAAGCAACCGGUGAAACUCCAAGCAAAGUUGCUGAAGCUAGUCCCUGGGCAAUGGAUCAGUCAACGCAGCCUCUCUCUGUUCUGCUACUAUGAGAGAAACAAGGAAGGAGCUUGUGUCCCAAUCGAGGCGGUUUUCUUGAAAAUUAAAGCCUGCCCUGCAGUUUGUUUCGCCGCUUGAAUCUAAAACGGGGGCGGCGAAGUUGUGUAUGUGCACCCAGGCACAUCCAGCGCUGGUCCACAUCCGAGAAGUUAAUGAUUCUCUUUCAUCUGUAUACAAAAACCAUUGACUCCGAACUGACCCAGUCGCAUCUUUGCACACAACUGCAGGCUAGCAUCCACAGAGAAACAAACACAAGAAUGAGCCAGAAUUGUAUGUAACACUUUUUAAAAAGCACCCGACUUGGUGAAACGCUCGUCGUUUGUCAAAGGUACAACACGAAGAUAAGCUAGGUAGAUUGUACAGCACUCGAAGAGCUUACAACAUACAGCGCCGUCUCUCGUUCCGCCAUCUGCACCAUUCCUAAUCCGGUAACGCUUACUGAAGGAAGGCAAUGAUGUGUGAGGCAUCAUCCCACCUGAUCCCUGUGGUAACUCUCUCCAUUGUACUGAUGUUGUCUCUGGGCUAUCCAGGCUUCACCCUCUCCUGUCCACAACCCUGUGCCUGCUACUUUUCCACUGAAGUCCACUGCACUUUUCGAUCUCUGACAGCUGUGCCAUCUGGAAUACCGAAGCUGGUGGAGAGGAUCAAUUUUGGCUUCAACAACAUACAGAGCGUGCGCAAGGAAUUCUUCGAUGGUCUGCAGCGACUGGAACUUCUGAUGCUUCACGGCAAUGACAUUCAAAAUCUUCCAGAUAAAGUCUUCAAAAACCUGAGUUCACUGCAGGCGCUGAAAAUGAGCUACAAUAAAAUGACUGCCAUAACGGGAACGACGUUUCAGGGACUGGUGAAUCUGCAAAGGUUGCACUUGGAUCACAACAAGAUAGUAUUCAUUCAGCCCGGCGCGUUCUACGGGAUGACCUCGCUGGCCCUUGUGCACCUGGAAGGGAACAAAUUGCAACAGAUCCAUCCCAACACCUUUGUGACCUUCUCAUUCUUCCAGCAUUUUAAGUUCUCAUCAAUAAAGCACCUCUACUUGGCUGAUAAUUCCAUCCACACGCUGCCCGGGAAAAUGCUGAGUCAGCUGCUACAGCUGGAUAGCAUCUAUCUGCACGACAACCCAUGGAGAUGUGACUGCAGACUACAGUGGCUGCUGAACUGGGGGAAGGAGGCUGGAGAUGUGGUGAAGUGCAAGAAGGAUCGCUCUAACCCCCGAGGCCGGGUGUGCCCCGUGUGCUCCGACCCCAAGCUGCUGAGCAAGCGGGAGCUGUUCACCAUGAGCUCCAACGAAAUGGCCUGCGCCAAGCCGACCAUCAAAUCCUCGCUGACUAAGAAUCGCGGGGACGAGUGGGAAGCGGACGAUGGGGAAGACCUUUGGCCGGAGGAGUACCAGAAACCUCUCGGGCGGAUGACCCUCAACCUAACCGACCAGCAUGGCAACCAAAACGACGUGUCUUGCCAGGUCCACGGUCUGCGAAGUGACAGGCACAAGCAGUUUGGCCGGCUGAGCGACCAGGACAUUGGAGUGAACGUCAGCUGCGCCGUGCAACUCACCUGCUCCAUGAACCAGGACAGCAUGGAGAAGCUCUGGAAACUCAUCGCCUACUACAGCGAAACCCCGGUGAAAUUAAAGAAGACCCUGGUGGUGUCGAACGGGCCCCCGUGCUUCGAAUACAGGCAGGCGGUGGACAAUAGUUCCUUCUACUACACCGACGUGAGGGCCAAUAUCACAGCCGUUCCCUCUUGGUUAAUGCAAGAUGAUGUCAACAUCAAAUUGGAUAGGAAGCUGACCAUUGCCAACAACGUGGUCCUGGAGUUCUCCCUGCAGCUGUCCCAACUGAUUUCCGUGCUGAACGCAACCAAGGAGAAAACCAACUGGGUGUUGAUCAAAACGAACGACAGGACUAGGAUGGUCCACGUGUUGGUCACGGGGAAUAUGUUGCAGAUCAAGUGCCAGGUGAUCGCGUCCGAGAGGCCGUCUAUCAGGUGGGUUCUCCCGGGCGGGAGCCAGGUGACGGCACCCUACACCAGCGAGGACAACCGCGUGUCCGUGUCCAACACGGGCCGGUUGGUGGUGAAGUCGGUGGAGGUCCACGACUCGGGCUUGUACCAGUGCGCGGCGGCCGUGAAGGAGGACACGGACACGGUCACCUACAGGGUGAUCGUCCAGCCGGCGCAAGUGGACGCGUCUCAGGUGGGCGACAAGGGCAUCACGGUGCCCUACGGCGACACCAUCUCCCUGCCCUGCGCGGCCAACUCCAUACCGGACGCCCAACUGAGCUGGAUCCUUCCCAACAACAGCGUGCUCAUCUCCCCGAAGAUCUCCAAGGCCGGCUCGGUCAUGGCCAACGGGACCCUGGUCAUCGCCGGCGGCCACGACGGCAACAGCGGCCACUACAGAUGCGUGGCCGCCAACAGGUACGGGUUGGAUGUGUUGACCGUCAACGUGGCCGUCAUCAAGAAGGUGCCCAGCCAGAACAAGGUGAAGAAGGUGAAACCUUCUCCCAAGUUCUACUUCAAGCCCGGCUUUCAGAAGGAAACGGAGCGGGAGGAGGUGGGUUCGGGGUACGAGGCGCCGUUCCAGAGUCAGGGCCAGGUCACCUUCGACUCGUACACGGGCAGGCCGUUCAGCAGGAGGAGGAAGCUCCACGCAGAUGGAGCCCACCACAACCCCAGGGUGGACCACGGCAGGGACGUGCAUCUGAGGAGGAGAGGCAUGAAGAGGGGCCGCGGGAUGUUGGCGGCCGAGGGCAGGAGGCGACUGGACUCCCACCGGCGGAUCAACGUGAGCAAUAGGAAGAUCGACCCGCGCAAGUGGGCUGAUAUCCUGGCCAAGGUGAGGGGCAAGUCGGCCCCCAAGGCGGUGGCGCCCGCACCCACUGGCCAACCCCACCCGGCCCCGAUGGAGACCACCGACCCCAUCGAUGACCUCGACGAGGAAGACUCGUCGGGCAACGGGGAUCUGAAUUUCACGGCGGACGAGUUAAUCCACGUGAGCACGCCCACGGCCCGCCUCGAUGUCCAAACACCGCCGGCUCAGGUACGACCAGAGGCCACUUCGGAACAGUGGUGGUCCACAUCCACUGCUGCCCCAGGGCCAGAGCCAGAGCCCGCUUCCGAGCCGUCCAGCGAAGACCCCGAGAUGUUGAGUACGGCAGCUACUCCUCACCCGCCGGUCGAGAUGCACCCUAGCGAAGCCACGGGGUUGUUCAUUAACUUCAACCUGACCCUCGGGGAAGUUGGGAUAGACGCCAAGCAAGGGUUUCUUCACAAACUGAACGGGGAUGAGUACAUCGUGAAGAGUUGGGUGGCCAAGAGUCUGGACCACCCCGUCAGGACUAUACUUGACACCCCGGCUGUGACCGGUGGGAAAGACGCUACUUCAUCCAUCAGGGAGAACCUCAGUGUGACGAGCAACGCCACUGCAGCGGUGGUCACUCCCGAAGAAGCGAGCACAGUGGCCAAUGCAUUGACCAGUACUGUCGCGCCGUCUACGACCACCACGGCUGGUACGACCACCACGGCUGGUACGACCACCACGGCUGGUACGACCACCACGCCUCGCACGACCACCGCUCCCACCAGCACUGAUCACGUUGGAACAACUCCGGCCACUGUCCCCACCUCGUCGGCCGGAGCAUCUACAGCGAGUUCGUUGGGGUCCAACGCUGCGACAACGACGACGACCACCACCACGACAACGGCGACCACCACGACCACUACUGCCGCCAACUCCAACGCACAGAUGCCGGAGAGAAGACGUCUGCCUCUUCGGAGGUACGGCAAGAGAAGGCGCCCUGGCAGGAGGUAUCGGCUCCAGAGAUUUAGGCAGAGCUUACAACGGAAGGCCAAGGCCAACGUGACAUCAACGGCUGAUCCGGCUGUGAAAGCGGCUCCGACUAGAAAGGUCAAGGCUACGACAGGAGACGAGUCCGUCCCGACGUCGUACCACAAGGUCGCCGCGCAGCGACUGACCACCGAGCAACCGGCCAAGGUCCCGGUCGCUGUGAAGCCCGAACGCCCAGGCAAGCCCCCGACCUCGCCUUCCCGUCCCACGCUGCCGGGGCCCAACCCACCUCCAACCGCGCAGACCCCCAAAGCCGCCAACCCCACGCACCACCUCCACCUGUCCAAAACUCUGCUCAUCCAAAGCCACUACGAACUGCGCUACGGCCCGAAAUACACAGCCACCACGGCCCCCGCGUCACCUCUGAUCACCAAGCCCACUGCUAGACCACCAGCUUCCCCAGUGCCAACGACAACAGUUCUACAGCAAAACAGUAUAGCACCAACCACUGCUCCUAAUAUAAAGGGCUCAAGGAGUACUCCAGCACCGAGUACUGUGGUCAAAGUGCCAACGCCAACAGUUCUGGGGCAUUACAGUAUAGCACCAGCCACUGCCUCUAAUAUAAAAUUAUCAAGGAGUACUCCAGCACCCAGCACUGUGGUCAAAGUGCCAACGCCAACAGUUCUGGGGCAUUACAGUAUAGCAUCAACCACUGCCUCUAAUAUAAAAUUAUCAAGGAGUACUCCAGCACCGAGCACUGUGGUCAAAGUGCCAACGCCUACAGUUCUACAGCAAUACAGUAUAGCACCAACCACUGCUUCUAAUAUAAAGCUAUCAAGGACCACUCCAGCAUCGAGCACUGUGGUAAAAGUGCCAACUACACCAGUGCUGCAGCAUAACAGUGUGGCAUCAAUCAUUGCUUCUAUCAUAAAGGUACCAAGGAGUACUCCAGCACCGAGCAUCGUGGUCAAAGUGCCAACGCCAACAGUACUGGAGCAUUACCGUGUGGAAUCAACCACUGCUUCUAAUAUAAAGGUACAAAGGAGUACUCCAGCAUCGAGCAUCGUGGUCAAAGUGCCAACUGCAACAGCUUUGGGGACGAGUCCUCAAUCACCAGUGCUACCUCCCGCCGGUGGGAAUUCUGGAGUUCAGGACCACAGAGUUGAUGUCCCAGCAAGAAUACCUCCCUUUUCUCAUGGCAAUACUCUUGCUUCGCUGCCCGCCGCCGCCGUUGUGGGCAAGGGGACGGGGAAGGAAAAUAUCGUCCCGGGAAGGCCACCGAAUAUUGGAACCCCGGCCACCGUUCCUGCUUUGCUCUCCCACCCUGCCUCAACAGAGGGCAAAUCAACUCCGUCUCCCACCGUUAAACCGGGUGGAGUUACCUCUGAGGGACAAACCCCUCCCUCGACCAUUCAGCUGGGCGUCGGGAAGAAGGAAUGGGAAGGAGAGAGGAUGGGGGCGGUGAAAACGCCGGAGAGUAAUGCUGUUCCCCAGAGGAUCUUUCCCAAACACUACACCAGGGGCUGGCAGCGACUCCAGGGAAAACAAACCCUGCCGGCCAGCAACUCCACGUGGGCUGCAAAGGGUGGCAGGGUCCGGCUCCGGACGGUGCCCGUGUCCACCACCGACGCACGCCGCAAAUCGCCCAAAUACGUGCGUGUGGAAAUGACACAAAAAUACCUCGUCCCGACAGCGAUGAACAGAACUUCUCCCUCCACCACUGGAGCGUCUGUGGUGAAUAGCAGACAGAUGUAUCCCCAUGCAUUUGCCCCGAGGAUGCUGCCGGACGCGUCUAAGCCCAGGGAGACGUCCCCCGAACCCCCCGCGACCACCUUGGUAACACCGGUGAGAACCAUCCCGGUGGUAUUCAACAAACCCGGCAAUAAGAUGGUCCCCGAUCCAGGCAGCAUCUCAAGGGCUAAUAAGAAAAUGAACCACAUACCACCCUUGAAGGUCGUCCAAAGGUCCAAAAUGAACCGGGGCAACCCAAAGUUCAAUUACAUGCAGAUUCCCGUGCAGUUUACGAACGUCAAAGGCUUAGCCACCACCGCCAAGGUGGCCGGUGAACCGCUGGCUGCGCCCACCGAGACAACAACGCCCACCCCGGCCACCACCGGACAACCGUUUAGUAACGCUUUGGUGAACAGAAGGGGUUAUUACUCGCUGGUCUCCAGCAAGGCGGACAAAGGCUCGGCCGGCGUGACUCUGCCAACUCCCAGCUUCAGAGCCACAAAAACCAACCCGAAAAUACUCACCAGUAACUCCCUGACCGUGUCGGUGAAAGCUGAGAUGGAUGCAUAUCUUCCCUGUGAAGCGAGUGGGGAACCCAAGCCUGUUAUUACUUGGUCAAAGAUAUCAACAGGUGCAGUGGUGGCCGCAAGCAGUAAAUCCAGGAGGUUUGAAGUCCUGCCCAGCGGGACGCUCGGCAUCCACAGCGCAGAGGUGCAGGACCGCGGGCAGUACAUGUGCGAGGCGCAGAACGCCCACGGCAUGGACCGGAUCCUGGUCACGCUGGUGGUGCUGGCCCAGCAGCCGCGGAUCGCCGGUGCCCGUUACCGGGAGGCCACCAGCUACCUGGGCGAACCCUUCGCGGCCGACUGCCGGGCGCAGGGGAUGCCCGGGCCGCAGGUGGCCUGGAUCCUGCCGGGUCGGGGGAUGCUGCGGGCGCCGGGCGACUCCGGCCGCAGGGUCACCCUCUCCGCCAACGGCACCCUGUCCAUCCGGCAGACCGUCUUCUCCGACCGGGGGGUGUACAAGUGCGUGGCGGGCAAUGCGGUGGGGGCAGACACCGUGACCGUCCGGCUCCACGUCCUGGCCCUGCCGCCCCGCAUCCUGGAGCAGCGGUCGGAGAACAUCUCGGCGGCGGCGGGCAAGGGGGUCCAUGCCCACUGCACCGCCCGUGCUGCCCCCCCGGCCAACAUACGCUGGGUCCUGUCCGACGGCAUGCAGAUCCGGCCCUCCCAGUUCAUCAACGGCAACCUCUUCGUCUUCCCCAAUGGGACGCUGUACGUGCGCAGCCUGUCCGCCCGCGAGGUGGGCACCUACGAGUGCCUGGCCACCAACGUGGUGGGCAUUGCCAGAAGGACGGUGGGCAUCUCCAUCCACAGGACUCCGGCCGUGGCCAAGAUCACACCCUUGUCCCCCCGGAAAGUGGACAUCGCCUACGGCAGCCUCCUGCAAUUGGACUGCCAGGCUGCGGGAGAGCCAGGGCCUAGGGUGCUCUGGAGACUGCCUUCCAAAGUGCUCGUGGACUCGCGGUACAGCUACAGCAAGAGGAUCAAAGUGCACGACAACGGGACCCUUGUGGUUCUCUCGGUGACGGAGGGCGAUGCGGGGGGCUACCUGUGCGUGGCCAGAAACAGCAAGGGGGAUGAUUUCAUGGUGCUGGAGGUCCACGUGAUGAUGAAGCCGGCCAGGAUUGAACACAAGCAAGAGGGCAACCACAAGGUGAUGUCCGGCAAAGACCUCAAGGUGGACUGCGUGGCGUCGGGGCUGCCGGACCCGGAGAUCUCCUGGGCUUUGCCCGACGGCACCAUGGUCAACCAAGCCUUGCAGUCGGACGACAGCGGGGCGAGGACCCGCCGGUACACCGUCUUCGGCAACGGCACCUUGUACUUCAACGAGGUCGGCCUGAAGGACGAAGGCGACUACACCUGCUACGCGGUCAACCGGGUCGGCAAGGACGAGAUGAGGGUCAAGGUGAAGGUGUUGGCGGAGCCGCCGACCUUCAGGGACCACUCGCCCGCGCUGGUGGAGGUGGCGCACGGCGGGUCGGUCUCUAUCAGGUGCCAAGCCAAGGGCCAGCCCACCCCUCGCAUUGCCUGGCACUCCCCGGCCAACAGGCUGAUCUCCCCGUCCUCCAAGUACCAGCUCAGCAGCGACGGCACCCUGUUGAUCCAGAAGGUGCAGAGGGCGGACAGCGGCAACUAUACCUGUACGGCCAGUAACGCGGCUGGGGAGAGCGCCAGGAUCAUCGCCCUGAGAGUGGUGGUCGAAGCGCCCAGCAUCAACGGGCAGAGGAGCACCAACACAGUGGUGAAGGAGACAGCUACCAGGGAGAGCCGCAAACUCAUUGACUGCCGGGCCGAAGGGGUACCGACUCCACGGAUUAUGUGGGUGUUGCACGAGAAUGUUAUCCUGACCGCACCUUAUUAUGGAGACAGGAUCAAGGUGCAUCGGAACGGCACCCUGGACAUCAAGAGCCUGAAGCAGUCGGACGGUAUCCAGUUCGUGUGUAUCGCCCACAACGAAGGAGGAGAGGCGAGGCUCACCGUGCAACUGGAGAUGAGGAAUGACUUGGAGAAGCCCUCGUUCACCAACCCGCUUAGCGCAGGAGUGGUCGUGGUGAUCGGCAAAGGCGUCGACCUCAACUGCUCCUCAAAGGGCAACCCGACCCCGGAGGUGACCUGGGUGUUGCCCAGCGGCAAGAGGCUGCCGAGCGGGCAGCAGCUGCCCAGGAUGUCCCACGGGCGCGACGGCACGCUGCACAUCAGCGGUCCCACCGCCGCCGAGGCCGGCGCUUACCGCUGCAUCGCCCGCAACACGUUGGGCUCGGUGGAGAGGCUGGUCACCCUGGAGAUCAGCCGCAAGCCGGAGAUCCGCAGUGGCUACACCAGCCUGGUCAAGAUCCUGCCCGGCGAGAGCAUGCGUCUCGACUGCCUGGUCAGCGGCGGCUCGCCGUCUCCAACCCCGCGGCUCUCGUGGGUUUUGCCCGGAGGCACGGUCUUGAGCAAACCGCAGACCCUCGGGCGCUUCUCCCUCCUGCUGAACGGGAGCCUGUGGGUACGCGAGGCGUCGGUGUACGACCGGGGCACCUACUCAUGCCGGGCGGCCAGCGAGCUGGGCACCACCCUGACCAGCGUGGCGGUGAUAGUCAUCUCCUACCCUCCCCGAAUCACCAGCGGACCCGCGCCCGUCACCUACGCCCGGCACGGCGCCUCUGUGCAGCUCAACUGCAUGGCUUUGGCGAUACCCAGAGCUGAGAUCUCUUGGGAGCUGCCCGACCGCUCGCGUCUCAUCGCCACCGCGUCUCAAGCCCGGCUCAUCGGCAACAAGUUCCUCCACCCACAAGGCUCGCUUGUCCUCCAGAACCCCACCAACAGGGACACCGGCUUCUACAAAUGCACCGCGCGCAACUUACUGGGCACUGACUCCAAAACCACCUACGUGCAUGUUUACUAAAGGAACACAGAAACAUAGAAGAUAGGCGCUGGAGUAGGCCAUUCGGCCCUUCGAGCCAGCACCGCCAUUCAAUAUGAUCAUGGCUGAUCAUCCAGAAUCAGUA